AUGGCAAAUAAAUUAGUUGCGAGAAAAAAAAUAGCUACCUAUAUUAUUCGGGAAAAUAGUCUUGUAAAAAAAAAAAGAUCUAUAAAAAGGGUGGUGAUCCUUGUGAUAAUCAUUUGUAUGCUAAUUGCUGCUACGAUUUUGUUAAUUCUUCAUUUUGUUUUAAAUGGGAAUAGUGGGUAUCCUAUUGAUAUAGGAAUAUAUUCAUACGAGAUAAUAAAUAAAUAUGACCAUGUUCAUGAUCCAAUAAUUGGCCAGCAAGCAAAUGUUGAUUCGAUAGUUCAUCAAAGAUAUAUAAGCAAUUAUCCUUUUACACAAGGUUUAUUAUAUUUAGACGGGAAUACAUUAAUUGAAUCAUCAGGACUAUAUGCAGUUAGCUAUUUAAGAAAAUUUAAACUAAAUACUGGGGAUACUGAGCGUUAUUAUAAUUUAACAAAUAAUUAUUUUGCUGAAGGAAUAGCAUUAGUUAUCGAACCCGAAACAUAUAGAAAAUUUAUAUUCGUAUUGACAUAUAAAGAAAACACAAUAUUAGCAUUUGAUUAUAAUACUUUUGAAUUAUACAACACAUUUGAGCACGAUUUAAAUGGAUAUGGAUUGACAUCAAACUUAGAUCCUAUACAUUCUGUAGAAGAUUUAAAAAAUGGUAAAUUUGCAAAUUAUCAAAAACUGUGGACUACAUCAGGAAAUGAAUUUUUAUACGAAUUAGAGAUUCCACAUAAUUUUAAAAAAACAAAUAAAAUAAGUAUAAUUAACAAAAGAAAAGUAACAUGUGCUGGAUUUACUAUAAAACAUAUUAACGAAUUAGAAUACCAUUUACAAGAAAAAACAAUAUAUGCUAACAUAUUUAUGACAAAUUUAGUAAUAGAAAUUGAUAUUUCUAAAGGAACGUGCCUCAAGAUAAUUAAUCUUAGUGGAUUAAUUGAUCAAAGCACAAAUAAGCAAAACAUGGAAAGAAAUAGGGAAUCCUUCUUAAACGGAAUAGCAAUAAAUCCGGUGAAUAAUAAAGAAAGUAUUCCAAAUUUAUUAGUAACUGGGAAGUUUUGGCCAAAUUUAUUUGAAAUAAAACUUGUAAAAACUAAUGGGUUGAAUCCUAAUUCAGUAUUGAUUGAAUAUUUUAAAACUAUUAGACAUCGCCAUUAG